UUGAAUAAUAUCGAUGUGAACGAGACGGUAGAGGGUGAUGACCGUGCCUUUGAGAUCUGGCACGAACGUGAGGACUCUAUGAGGAAAUACACCUUGCAGGCCCGAACUGUUACAAUCAAGAACUCAUGGUUGAGAGAUUUCAGAGAACUGCAGCAGCGAUACAGCAUGCCAGCAUGGAGUCCCCCUGAUUUUGAUGAAAUUCUGGCAAACUGCACAGCAGAACUGGGACAGACUGUUAAGCUAGCCUGCAAAGCCACUGGAGUACCCAAACCUGUGGUCACCUGGUACAAGGAUGGGCGUGCAGUGCAGGCAGAUCCUCAUCACAUCAUCAUUGAGGACCCUGACGGUUCCUGCACGCUGAUCCUGGACAACAUGACAGGAGAUGAUUCUGGCCAGUACAUGUGCUUCGCCACAAGCUCAGCGGGCAAUGCCAGCACUCUUGGAAAGAUCACAGUUCAAGUUCCUCCUCGUUUUGUGAAUAAAAUAAGGAAUGCUGUCUUUGUUGCUGAUGAGGAUGCUCAGUUCACUUGCAUCAUACAGAGUGCCCCCACACCUAAGAUCAG